AUGGCCAGCGAGAAGCCAACAGGCACCUUGUCCAUUGACGAGGCGAGGGCACGCGGCAAUGAUGAAGACAUCAUGUUUGCCAACGCCGCUGCGGCGACAGACAAGGAGCACAAGAUGACCCUCUUAGAGGGUGUCCGCCUUUAUCCCAAAGCAAUUGGAUGGGCCGCUCUGAUUUCACUAUGCUGUGCUAUGGAAGGCUACGACAUUGCCCUUAUUGGCAACUUUUACGCGUUUCCUCCCUUCAAUCGAAAGUAUGGAGAGCUUCAACCUAAUGGAUCUUACGAAGUGCCUGCCCGGUGGCAGGCAGGUAUUUCCAACGGUGCUCAAUGCGGCCAGAUUCUUGGUCUCCUAUUGACUGGCUGGGGUGUGGAUCGGUUUGGUUACCGCCCAUUCAUUCUCGGUAUUCUAUUCUACCAGGCCGCCAUAACAACUAUCUUCUUCGUUGCACCUAGCGUCCAAAUCUUGCUCUUGGCCGAAUGUCUCGCCGGUAUUGCCUUUGGUGUCUUCAUGUCGGUUGCAAUUUCUUACGCCAGUGAUAUCUGCCCUGUGGCACUUAGAGGUUACCUCACUACCUGGGGCAAUUCCUGCUGGGGUAUUGGUCAACUUAUCGCUAUCGGUGUCAUCAAGAGCCAGUUCAGGCGCGAUGACCAAUGGGCAUAUCGCAUUCCUUAUGGACUUCAGUGGAUGUGGUUUCCCCCUCUAAUGCUCGGCAUCUUCCUAGCUCCCGAAUCGCCAUGGUGGUUGGUACGAAAAGGGAAAUUAGAGGAAGCGAAGAAAUCUUUACUUCGACUCACAUCAGCCAAAGCAGAUCCGGAUUUUGACGUCAACGAAACCAUUGAUAUGAUCCGACAUACUGAUGAGCUUGAGAAGACCUUGACCGAAGGCGCUUCUUACCUCGAUUGCUUCAGGGGCGUGAAUCUGCGACGAACCGAAAUUGUCUGCAUGCUUUUCGUCUCCCAAAACUUCGCUGGCAACACCUUCUCGAACUACUCCACCUAUUUCUUCGCGCAGGCCGGAUUGACAGGAGAAAUUCCUUACAACUUUGCUCUCGGCCAGUACGGACUGAACACGAUUGGCGCGUUCGUUACCUGGGCAUUCAUGGCCUAUGGCGUUGGUCGACGAACGCUCUUCCUCUGCGGCUUAUGCGGUUUAUUUUGCACGCUCCUCACCCUCGGCUUCCUCGGCCUCGUCGCCGACAAGCACGCCGCCUCCCUCGCAACUGGCUCCCUCAUGAUCGUCUGGGCCGCCUUCUACCAAUUCUCCGUCGGCACCGUUGCCUUCUCCCUCGUCGCCGAGAUCUCAUCGCGUCGCCUGCAAGUCAAGACCGUCGCUUUGUCUCGCGUCGCCUACAACAUGGCCGCCAUCGUCGUCAACAUCCUCACCCCAUACAUGCUCAACCCCACCGCGUGGAACUGGCGCAACUUCGCCGGCUUCUUCUGGGCUGGCACUUGCUUCUGCGUGCUGGUGUAUCACUACUUCCGCCUGCCUGAGCCUUCGGGCCGUACGUUUGCGGAGAUGGAUCUUCUGUUCGAGCGACGCAUUCCGGCGAGGAAGUUCAAGACUACGAAUGUCAAUGCUUUCGAUGUUGCGCUGCGGGAUCAGAAGGCUGAUGACAAGCCUGAGGUUCUUCACUACGACCGUGUCUAAGAGCCAUCAGUGGUAGAUUAUGGCCGCAC